AUGAACCAAGGAAUGGCUUCAGAAAAUGACUCUUCAGUGAAAGAGUUUAUUCUGCUAGGAUUGACUCAGCAGCCAGAACUCCAGCUGCCUCUCUUCUUCCUCUUCUUGGGAAUCUAUGUGGUCUCUAUGGUGGGGAACCUGGGCUUGAUUGUUCUGAUUAUUUUGAACCCUCACCUGCACACCCCCAUGUACUACUUUCUCUUCAACCUUUCCUUCACAGAUCUCUGCCUUUCCUCUGUCAUAAUCCCCAAGAUGCUGGUCAGUUUUGUAAAUCAGAACACCAUCUGCCAUGCAGAGUGCAUGACUCAGUUCUUUUUCUUUGUCUUCUUUGUUAUUAACGAAGUCUACAUUUUGACAGCAAUGGCUUAUGACAAAUAUGCUGCCAUCUGUAAACCACUGCUUUACCAGGUCACCAUGUCCUAUCAGGUCUGCCACUUGAUGAUGGUAGCUGUGUAUGUAAUGGGGUUUGUGGGAAGUUUGGUACAUACUGGUAACAUGCUAAGUCUUAGCUUCUGUAAUGGCAACAUCAUCAAUCACUACAUGUGUGAUGUACUUCCUCUUCUGAAGCUCUCCUGUGCACAUACUGCCAUUAAUGAGCUGGUGGUUUUCAUUGUUGCGGGUAUCAAUGUAACAGUGCCCAGCCUGACUAUCUUUAUUUCUUACACCUUGAUCCUUUACAGCAUCCUUGGCAUCCAUUCUGCAGAGGGUAGGUCAAAAGCCUUCAGCACCUGUGGCUCUCAUGUAAUAGCUGUUUCCCUUUUCUUUGGAGCCUCAACAUUUAUGUAUCUUAAACCUUCUAGUGUGGCUGGGGAUGAGGAUAAAAUAUCUUCUAUUUUUUAUACCAUUUUGGGCCCGAUGCUUAAUCCUUUCAUCUAUAGUUUAAGGAACAAGGAUGUCCACAUUGCACUGAGAAAAACUUUGAGGAAAAAAAUGUUUACCUAA